AUGCAAUGGCGUCUGAUCCACCGACAAGUGAUGAUGAUGACAAUGAUGAAGAUCCCGGCGAAGGCCAAAGAAGUUCUGAAGCAAGCAGCAGGAAAGGAGCAGAAGAAGAGCCGGAAGGCACAAGCAAAAGAGAGCUCGAAGGAGCAGCCGCGGAAGAACCUGAAGCAACAAGGCCGAGAGUCGACGAAGGAAGCGGACAAGUUGAAGAACGACCUGAGAAGAUACAAAGAGGAGAAGAAUUUGCCGAAGUACCACGAUGACGAAGAGGUAGAGUUGGAGGAGUUUGAAGGACUCGAAGUCGAGUUUGAAGAACCUGAAGAGGAAAGAAGCUCAGAGCUCGGAGAAGAUGAAGAGUUCGAGGAAAGCAUGCCAAAGUGGUCAAACAAGUUCGAAGAUGGACCUCCGAAGUUGGACGAAGACGAGCUGACGAAGGUCGACGUUGUGUCAAGAGAGCACGAGAUAAGCCGACUCACGGAGAUGAAAGUCUUGAAGGAGCUGCCUGAAGGCACGAGUGUGAGCAACUACAAGUACCUCUCAACCAAAGUUGUCUACGAUUGGAGGCAUCGAGACAAUGAAUGGCAACGGCGUGGCCGGUUAGUUGCCCGGGACCGCAUGCUGCAGCCUCGGCAGUUGACCUUAGUGAAGCACACGCUGGCACCUUUGCCUCCACCUAGCUAUCAGCCUGCCCGUGCAUACUCCGUCUACCCAUCAGAAGCUCGAGGCCUGCAGGUUUCUGCCCCAGUUCAGGUAGAUAUCAUUGGCCCUUACAGUUCUGUGCUGCAGCAGCUCGAGGGAUCGCCCAAUGGUCCUGCUUUGACAUUGAAGCUCUUGCAGCUCAACGCAGACACAACCGCUUUGCGUUAUGUCAAAGCGUGUUUGGCAUACUUUGAAUUUCUCGUUGACCUCGGACAUUCCUUGGACAAUCUCUCCCAACUCGCCGCAGUCGAGGCAGUGUACGCUCUCCAUUGCAGCCGUUCCCAGGAUGAUGACCUUUCUCUAGACCGGGAACAGAUUGCUUUGGUUUUUCCACUGAAUACCUUGAAGGCGCUGCGUUGGUUGGUGAAAACCGUGACCCUUCACUUCCCAGACCUUUACUCAGGCAUGGCUUUUGCUUUCUAUGCAGAGGGCAUAUACGGCCCUUGGGGCAUUCGCUGGCUCCAGCUUUUGGAUUCGCUGUGGGGGUCUUUGGAACAACUCUCCCCCAAUGUGGUUCCUGACUCCCUCUUUUUCUGCUCGUCGCUCUUGGAUGAUGCUUGCGACUUUGCCUUUUGCUCUGCGUCGUAUGCAUCGGCCUUGCGUAGCCUGCGUUCAGCCUUGAACUUGUGGGGCCGGCUAGGAUAUGAUGCAUCACGCAUCAUCGCACCACCUCGGUCACUCUUUACGGUCGAGAUGACACGCGUGCUGCCCUGGCCCUUCAGGCUUCGAUCCUUGGCAAGAUUCGCACUGGCGCUUUUCGCCCCAGCAUUUCCCAACAUCGUGGAGCUCAGUCACCGAUAUCAGAGCGGGACGCUUCUGGGACACGCCGUGCGCUUUGCAAACGGCCCUCCUGUUUUGGCAAUUGUCUUUUGCUUCGGUGGCUCUGCCCACCCCCGCUUAUUGCUGGCGAUGGCAAACACUGACAUUUUCCUUGGCCUUGCAGAAGCUGAUGUGAACAAGGCAGUGUCUUGGCUGGAGGAUGCGCGCCACGUGCCGGCGACUAGUGGCUUUUCACCAUCACAGUGGCUGUGGCACUGGCUUUCGUCUACGCCAGCCUUUGCGCCUCUGACGGGGGCUGCUGAGAACAUGGACACGGUCUUCGGCUUUAGCUCUGGCGAUUGGGCGUUUCAUUGGGUCGAAGAGAUGGAAAAAGCCACCCUGAACCCGGGCGCGGCAGCAUCCCAAGCCGCACCUGCGCAGGCUGCUUCGGACAGCAAGUGGCCAUGUUUUCCCAAUGGCCACCGUUCCCUUGGACUGGCUCCUGCAGAUCUUCUCCGAGCACAUUCGUGGUUGGAAGAGGCUGCUUCCUUUAAUGGUGCCGGUGGCUGGGAGGAAGACGACUGGCUUCGCUAUUGGAUGGAGCAGGACUCGGCUUUUGAGACUUUGCUUCAGCGUGCCAAGGAGGCCAGCCAUGGCAAUGGCUUUGGCUUUGGGUGUCGCAAGCCGACCGACCCCAGCCGCCGCCGGCACCGCCUUUGGGCACUAUUUACUGCCGCUCCACAUGUCAAGACUGCGGUGCUGGCCAUUGCGGGGUCGUUCUUACGCGCGAAGAUCUGCCUCAUCGGCACCGCUGUCUGGCUGUGGACGCUCCUCACAUUUUUUCCAGGUUCCAUGGCCGACCCGGGGAGUGACACUGGGAGAGGCCUACUCGUGCAGCCGACCCCCUCAGACAAGCUUUCAGUGCUUUGGGAAUCUCUUAGCCUCGAUUUCCCUGAAGCCGUUGUGUCACAUUCGGAGUUGAACCGCGCCAUUCCUAACUUUGGGUUUUUGGCUACCUCCUUCGACCAGUUGGAUCAGUGGUUGGAGUCGCACGGUCUUCUGGACUUUGCUGCGGACCUUCGCUGUCUUUGGCACAGGGCACAUUCCUUGGCCUGUUCUGAGGGACACAUGGCAGUCGUGCCUUUCCCGCCGCACCCCUCUGCUCUGCCUUUGCCGCAGGACCAGUCCUUCAGCACAGCUUCAGAUCCUGGUCACCCCGCGUCAGGUGCUGCUUCGUGGAACGAGCCUUUCCCGGCCAAGCUCUCCUCUGACAAAACGGCAGAGCUCCGGGCCGCUUUCUUGCGGAAGUAUCCUAGCAAGGUUUUGGACGAUUCCACUAUGCCUUCGGCUCGUCUCCUUGCUUUGGCUUUCAAACAAGCCUCGUCCCACGAGUGGCGCUUCAUCCCUUGGCGUUGGCGCAUGUCCGUGCUUGAGCUUGAAGAACAGCAGUUGCAGCGCCCUCGUAAGCUAGCCAGGACUGAGCUGGCAGAUCUGAUACUGGAUGAUGUCCCUUCCCGGAACCUCCCGGACACACUGGGCAUGUUUGCAUUAAGCAAAAUUUUGCGUUUGCACAGUGUAGCGAUGGCCAUGGUCACUGAUGUGCACUUGGCCGUAUCCGAGCUCCGUUUGCAAGGUUGGUCUUUGGAUGAUUGCAUCCACGAGAACACGGCCGUCCGUAGCGAGCUGGCAUCUCUUUUGGCACCGCGUGUUUUCCUUCCCAAGGCCCUGCGCCGCCCGGAGGGCAAAGGAGCGGGCAGUGGCAAGGGCAAUGGCCCUGGUGCUGGUUUUGGCAAUGGACGCGGACGCGGCAAAGGCAAGGGAGAUGGAAGAGGUCGUGGGAGUGGCCUUGGCACCGGUCGUGGGGGAACCGGUCUGGGCAACCAAGGCAACUCCGGGGGGGCCUCCACAAACCGCCAGGAGUGGGCAUCCUCUGCGAAAGUUAACGGGGAGGUCAAGACUCUUUGCAUGCGUUGGAGUCAGCGCACAGGGGGACCGGACCCAUCUUUCGAGCAGGCAGCUGGGUCCGGUCUGCCUUUGUUCCCUCCUGCUGCCAUUUUGCCUUUGUCUUCCCAGAGCUCUUCCACUCCGGUAACCGCUGCUCCGGCAAAGCAGGCUUUUGAGCUUCCCAUGCCCGAACUUCCUCACGGGGUGGCCAUGGCAGUGUCAGUUUCCGACACACACUCUCCGGGGUCCCUGCCACCCCAGCACAUAAAUCCUGAAGAUGGCAUGUCGGCCCCGGACAGCUUUGGCCCAGCGCUAGCUCCUGCGCCGGUCUCUGAAUUUGUGGCAGAGUCCAUACCAGAGCCGUUUCCGCCUGUUUCUUCGCAUGUCACCUCUGUCGUGCAGUCCGUUCGGGAUUUCAAGCAACCCUUCUUCCUGGACAUUUGCGCAGGGGCGGGCUCGCCACUCAGUUCAGCUUUCCUAAAGAAGGGGGUGCCAUGUUUGUCGAUAGACAUCCUCAUCGACACAAACAUGGACCUCCUCCAGGAUGAUUUCUUUGAACAUUUGCUGCGCAUUUGCACGUCCCGCCAAGUGGCCCUUGCGCACGCUGCCCCUCCAUGCAGAGAGUACUCUUGCCUGAAACUCCUUCCUAAAGGCCCGAAAGCGCUUCGGACUCCGGCGUUUCUGAAUGGCCUCCCCGACCUGUCGGCAUCCCAGGCUCUUAGAGUUCAGGAGAGUCACUUGAUCUUUGUGCGCUGCGUUCAGCUCUUGCAUGUCAGCUUUUCCUGCGGUGCGCAGGUGUCGGUUGAACAGCCUCCCAACAGCAUGGCCUGGAUGGAGCCGAUUGCAACCAAUUUCUUGGCGUCCAUCAGUGCGGAUCUGGUCCACGUGGCUGCUUGUUCGGUCAGCUUACUGCAGUGGAUGGGAGCUCGCCUCCGCGGGCAAGCGGCGAUCAAGUCGCCUGUGCAUUUGGGCUCUCUCGGCCCAGUGAUUCCUGCCAGGUACCGCAUCAACCACAACCACCAUUGGUGCGCGCACUGCGUGAUUGCUUGGUACUUGGCAGUCUACGACAGGCUUCUGAUGCCCCUGCGAGAAUGGGCACUGCCCAAUCAUCACAGUCUCAUGAUACGCUACGUGGGAGUGUUGAUCCCGAACUUGAUGGCCGACGCGUCCCACCUGUGUAUGUCGCCAGACAACAGGAUCACCUGCGGAAGGAGGAUGCCCCUGGUAGGCCAGUUCCUGCUCCCCGCAGCCCUCGCCAUUCCCCUUGUGGUCCUGAUGCGUCCGCACAGCAGGCUACUCGCCCGCCGCUUGAAGCCCCUGCGGGUGCCAACCGCGCGCUCUCCCCCGCGAGCUCAGUGCAAAGUGUUCGUCAGCCAAAGGAAGGUGCCGCCGCCUGGAGAGCUGCGCGUGGUAACCCCCAUAAGUUCGCGGCCUGUCUUUACCGGUCCAGGCUCCAUUCCCCGGAGGCCUCGGUUCUGGAAAGCGUGCGCGGCAAAUGUGAAGCCCUGCUUCCUGGUGGUCGGCCACUGCCUCCACGCGGUUAAAGAUCCCACCGGCCCUUCCAGCGGUCCGUAUACUGAUAGCGAUGCACCGGACCCUGACGGCAUUGAGGCAGAAGUUGCAUUGUGGGCUGAGCAUCCCUCUGCUCCGACGUCUGAUGCGGCACCAUUGACAUCCUUGGACAUCUCCUUGCCAUACUUACAGAGUCUGCUUUCUGACAUGAUACCUUUAUCUGCCGCAUUGCUCCAGCAUGCUACAGUUGCUGAACUGCAGCACUUGUGCCGUGUCUGCCUGCAAGCCGGUCGCCAAUCUUGCUUCGCGGCCCCAACUGUGUCCUCCCUCCAGGCCUUUGUGCAGAUGCCUCCAGAUUCUGUUGUUUGGGCUCCGCCCACGCCGGGUCCUAUAUGCGGGUCUGCACCGACGACUCCGGUGCCGCAGCUGCCAUGCUCUGAGGAAGUGAUGACCAUUUUGCGUGCUCUAGAAGAGCGCCUGUCAGCCCUGGAAGAGGUGGUUGGCACUGUACAAUCAAGCCGUAGUCCACGCCGCAAUGUGCUCCGCCGGUUACGAGAUCUGGAGAGGUGCUCAAGUGGCUCCGCUUCAUCUGACGAGGGCGUCACGCUCACACCGGAGAGCGCAGAGGCCUUUCUGGCCAGACUUGAUGCCCGACCCACGUGUUCCUCGGGUCAUCCGUUGUUCUCCUUUGGGUCGCCUGAGCCAAAUUGGUGGUGCAGUGUGUGCAAAAGGGAGUUCACCACACGGCGCUUGCUUUGGGGGUGCAGAGUCUGCGACUUUGACAUUUGCGGAAAUUGCUUGGCCAAUCAGCGCAGUGACCCCACCAUCUCUCCAGCUCCGGGUCAAGAUGCCGCUCAAGAUGCAACUCCCAGCGGUGCCAAGGCAUGGCCCUCGAUAAAGCUCUUGCGUGCAUCAGGAUUUUUGACGGGCAAUGACAUGUUCCCGAAUGACCUUCGUCUCGCCCUGGAUGUGAAUGGGCGAAACCUGUCGGUUUUGGGGUCGAGCAAGGCACCGGAGCUCAAAGGUGGGUUCCGAAAAGUGUACCACCUGAAGGGAGAGGAGCCCGCUGCAAGCCUGGUGUUAAAGCUCGCUGAGAGUGACGCCGACAAUGUCAACGAAGUUCGGAGCGCUGCUGCGUGUCCUGCAGCCUUUGCCCGCAUCUUCGACAGCGGCUCUAUUUGGGUGUCCCUUGGAGAGGAAGGUUUGUGCCAGGCACAUUAUGUUGUCGCGGAACGUGCGGUCCCGUUGACCGCUCUGUUGGAGGGCCCGGCUCUGCCUCCCGCAGCAUGCACUUCUCUGGCUCUCCAAUGUUGUCGUAUUGUGCUCCGGGCCACCCCUGCAGGCAUCAAGUGCAGGGACCUUGGACAGAAACAGUGGGGCCUUAGGGUCCCACCAGGCUUCAACUUCCAAGAUGAGGUCUCCCUGCAACAGGUGCGCAACAGCUUGGCAGGGGAGGCAUUCCACCUCAUUAUCCUCGAUGCCAAUUGUUGCCUUCCGGUGCCCCAGGCAAGCCUCUUGGGGCCACGAAAAAUGGCCUCCUACUGGGCCCUCCUAACCAGGUUAGUGGGUCCCACCGCUAGCGAGCGGCUCCAAAUGUUUCUCCGUGCUCAUAAUUUCAAUGCCCGCAGUUGUCUUUCCGCUUUGACGCGUGAUCACGUUACGGGGCCUUGUUCGUGA